AUGGAGUUAACUGUUAUUGAUAACGGGGAUAAUAACAAGGAAGAAAAUCCAUGUGCUGAUUUUGAAAUUGGGGUCAAAAUUGACCACACAAAUGAAGUUGAAUUUGAGGAUGGUAACAAGGAUGGAAAAGAUCAAUGGGCUGAAUUUGAAAGUGGGGACAAAUUUGAGGACAUAAAUGAAGAUGAAUUUGGAAGCGGGGACAAAUUUGGGGAUGAUAGUGGUUAUGAAUCUAGUGAGUCCGAUGACAUAGACUUUUUUGUUGAAAAUGACAACAUCUUAGAUGAUGUAGAAGUUGACAUGAAUGAUUUCAAUGAUAACAUUGAUAUGGAUGCAGAUUGGGUUGGAGGUAAGAAUGGUAAUGUGGUAGAAGAAGAGAAUGAAGUUGGGGAGCUUAAUGAAGUACUAAAUAACGAGGUUCUUAUGUCAGGCUCAUCUUCGGAUGAAGGACCAGUUGCCCAAUGA